AUGGUCUGUCCCUUACGUUCCCUCGUACGCGACUACAGGAAGACGCAGGGUCUGGUGACCUCUCCGCAUCGCUCUCACGGCCCCGACAUGUCCUUCAAAUGCAAGCCAUCCCAGAAACCCAACAAACAAUUUUGGCGCUAUGCAAGCUUCCUGGCCUUCAUUGCCACUUUUCUGCUUGUCCCAUCUACUACCUCGUGGGCCAGUGCGCUCCAUCGAGCCUGCUUCAUGGCGUACGUGAUGACCUACCUAGACACGAGUUACAGAGAUGGCUCGCGAGCCUGGCCCUGGUUCCAGCGCCUGCCAGUUUGGCGUCUUUAUUGUAGAUACAUCAAGGGCCAGGUCAUCACCACCGUGCCUCUCGAUCCUCACCGCCAGUACAUUUUUGCCGCCCAUCCCCACGGGAUUGCCACCUGGAACCACUUCCUGACCAUGACGGACGGCUGCCGCUUCCUCUCCAGGAUCUACCCCCGCCCGCGCCUCGACCUCGGGGCCACUGUCCUUUUCUUCAUUCCCCUGGUCAAGGAGGUCUUGCUCUGGGUCGGAUGCGUGGACGCCGGCGCCGCCACGGCGAAUGCAAUACUCGAGCGAGGCUUCUCCUCUCUCAUCUACGUGGGGGGGGAGAAAGAGCAGAUCCUCACUGAGCGAGGGAGGGACCUGGUGGUGGUCCUGCCUCGAAAGGGAUUCUGCAAGCUCGCCCUCCGCUACGACUGCCCCAUUGUCCCCGCGUACGCCUUCGGAGAAAACGACCUCUACCGGACCUUUAACUACUUCAAGGGCCUCCAGCUCUGGGUGGAAAGGCACGCUGGACGUGUUGUUCCUCGGAACAGGAGUGAGCAU